AUGAACCCAAAUCUCUGCCUGUUGUUCCAGGUGGAGUUUUUAUGUGAAAGGGGUGCAGAUGUCAACAGAGGUCAGAGGUCAUCUUCUCUACACUAUGCCGCAUGCUUCGGGCGCCCGCAGGUAGCCAAGACUUUGCUGCGGCACGGAGCCAACCCGGACCUGAGAGAUGAAGAUGGAAAGACCCCCCUUGAUAAAGCCAGAGAGCGGGGACACAGCGAAGUGGUGGCUAUACUGCAGUCGCCUGGAGACUGGAUGUGUCCGAUGAAUAAGACCGACGAUAAGAGGAAGAAGGAUGCGAGUAAGGAGGAGGAGGAGGGCACUGAACCUAAAGGAGAUCCAGAAAUGGCUCCAUACUACCUUAAGAGACUUCUGCCUGUUUUUGCACAAACCUUUCAGCAAACCAUGCUGCCUUCUAUCAGGAAAGCAAGUCUGGCUCUGAUCCGGAAGAUGGUUCACUACAGCGGUGAAGUGCUGCUGAGGGAGGUGUGUGAGAGCGAGACGGGACAUAACCUGCCCACAGUCCUGGUGGAGAUCACUGCCACUGUCCUCGACCAGGAGGACGAUGAUGAUGGUCACCUCCUGGCUCUGCAGAUCAUCAGGGAUCUUGUUGAUAAAGGUGGAGAUGUUUUCCUUGACCAACUUGCUCGACUGGGGGUCAUCAAUAAGGUGUCAACUCUGGCUGGACCCGCAUCUGAUGAUGAGAAUGAAGACGAAGCAAAGCCUGAGAAGGUUGGUUCAAAAGAAGGUUCACCUUUCAAAAUAAAACCCAACAUGGACCAACGGUUUAUUGAAGUUCAAAAAUCAACAGGAACAUUUUUAAAAAGCCUCAAUAAACCUUGUGUUCCUAAGGUGGCGAAUAUGAUAGCUUGUACUAUUCAGGGAGUAAACAAAUGUAUGAAUGAAUGAAUUUUGAGGAAGACU